GGAUUUGGGAGAGGCAGAAUAAACGCGCCUUUCACGCCCGGCAUCCCCAGCAGUCCCGUGGCUCCUGCGCUCGCAGCCUUGGUCACUUCUUGCCCUGCUUGCAGGAGGCAAGACAUGCUGAAAUAAAGAGAAACUUGUUCUGUGGCAGGAAAGGUCAUUUCUUCUGGCCAGGCAUUUGGGAAGGAGACAGCAAGCAUAUUAUUUUAAAGGUGUGUCACCGCUGCCAUGCCUCCGCCGUGUCCCCGAGGAGCCCUGCCCGGGGCCGCUCUCCUCUUCCUCCUCUUCCUCCUCCCGCUGCUCUGUGCAGCCCCCGAUGUUUCAAGAGGGAAUAAGCUUAAAGAGAUGCUUCAGAAACGAGAAGCCCCUGUUGCCACGAAGCCUGAGGUGUCAGUGAAAGAAACAACGGCCAAGGAGUUCCUAAACAGCCUGAGACGCCAGAGGCGCCAGCUGUGGGACAGGAGCCAGCCUGACGUACAGCAGUGGUACCAGCAGUUCCUGUACCUGGGGUUUGAUGAGGCGAAAUUUGAAGAUGACAUGUCCUACUGGACCAGCUUAGGGCGUGCUCGUAACGAAUACUAUGGUGGAUACUACCAACACCACUAUGAUGAAGAUUCACCUAUUGGUCCACGAAAUCCGCACACUUUCAGGCACGGAGCAGGUGUCAACUACGAUGAUUACUAAUGCCAUUUAUCCUACCAUAGCUGGUGCCUACAGGGCUGCACUGGGUGAGGCUGAGUCCUCCUCCCUCAGCCAGAAUGACCCUGCUUUUCUUCCAUUCAUGUAAAACAGCAAGCGCAAAAGAACUGCCAGACUUUGACGAAAGCAACACGACUUUUUCAAUUAUUGUUACUUAGUAGCACACUAUAUAUAAAGUGUUAUAGAUAUAAAGCUUUUUUGAUAAAGAGGUUGCCAUUAUUUAGUAGAGUUUGUAACACCAAGUUUCAUUCCAACUGUAUUACUACAGAUUGCUUUUUAAAGGGCUUUUUCAUUUGUUUUCCUGCAAUCAAUCACAAAAUUACAUUAUAUCAUCUAGUUUGGCAUAGUGUAAGCCAACGCAUUUCACAUGUGCCGGCUCAUUCAGAUUUGUGCCAACAAGUAAAUUCAGUUACUCUUGCGGGAAAAGGAAAAACACCCAAACAUUCCUCUCAACUGAAGUGCUGCCUUGUUGCCUCCUCUGCUGUUUCCGUACCUACCGCACGCAGGCCUCCAGACUGGGGUGACAUGGCACUUCUGCAGUUCCUGUUGGGACAAGGACAGAUGUUCACAAAAGCUAAAUUCAGUGUAGAGGAGCUCCCCUACCUGCAAAGCCUGUGAAAGGAAAGGAUUCUCCAGGGAAGGGGCUCAAUACAGCAAUAUGACUUCAGAGGCAAUUGCUGAGAUGCACAGCAUUUAGCCUGAGUGGCCCCAACCCUUUGCAGGCAUGAUAACCCAAAGGUCAUCUUUGAUGAAUACGCCCCUUUGUGUCCUUUCCACUGAGCUACAAGCUUUCAGGCUAGCUCGAAAUGGAAUAAAAUAACAAACUAAGCUAUUUAAAAUGAGGUUAGUAUCAGAUAGCAUCCAACACAGUCUCCAGGUGCAAUUUCCUACCACGAAGUUCUCUCUAUCCCCAAUUCAAACUGGAGUCUAUGCACGUUAUCAAAAUAUAUCAGAGCCUGGGCACUGGUUAAUGGAGUGCAGCGGAUGAGAGGGGGGUUGGUUAGUGGGGUUAAGAUCCCCAAAGUACAACCAGCUUUUCUACCACAGCAACAUAAGCCACGUUGUUGCUUCUCUUUUGUUACUGUGAAGUCCUCAGGCAGACCUAAGUCCAGGAGGGAGAUUUCAAUUGUCAGGGGCUUCAGGAGGAGCUUGGUGGGGGAAAGAGAUUGGGCAGGUGAGAAAGGGUGGCUGCUCCACAGCUUCUGGAGCUGAAACAUCAGGAUAAAGGGAGAUGAAAUGUGUACUGCAAACUCCAGCAGGCAGAGAAGACAGCAUGGGUGUUUUAGCUGUCUGUCAUCUAAAGCUUACCAGAAAUUUCCAAAGCAUGGGUCAUGGUAACACCAUUCUUUACACUUCACUUCUUUCUUAACUCUGAGUGUACUUCCUAAUCUUCCACUUAAAGCCCCCAUUGUGUGAUGGAGUGGUGUCUGGGACAGGCAGCCUAGCAAUAUCCAGCUCCCUGCAGGAACGCUUCCAGGGAGACAGCUCUUUGCUGAGGGAGCCAAAUCGAACAAACAUGUUAGUCACUUCUGCUCUGCACGUACAGAUACACACUGGAGUAACAUACUCCAAAACCUCAGCUUCCCCCAGAUUUUGGAGGGCUUGAUUUUGGCAGAACCCUUGCCAGUUUAAUCACUUUAAAACUGGUGUAUUUCCUUGGUAGAAGAGCCUUUAUUCCAAAUAUGGAAUAAUCACAUUCUGAGUCAAGCACGCACUCUUUUGCACAGUUGGAAAACACCUAUUCCUAGAAGAAUACUUUCAUUUUUGUGUCCUAGCAAAAAAAUGCACCGAAUUUGGCGCCAUUUGAACCAUGAUGAUAAUUUCGAUCAUUUCCCAGAAUUUACAAUGACUGGGAAUUCAGACCUGCUGAAUAAGGAAGAAUAAAGUGCUGCAAAUAAACACCAGCUCUUCCUAGGCCUUUGUAAGCUGUGUCUGUUCCUGCAGACUGACUCAGCCCGGCAGCUUUCCAUGAUUUGCAGGCUCACAACAAAGCCACGAUCUCUCUCUUCUGGAUUCUCCAAGAGAAACAAUAAAAAUAAAAACCUCUUCCAUUA